AUGAACGAAUGGAUGUCUGCAUCUGAAGAAGAAGAGUGGGAAAUUGGUGGACGGGAUCUACUUGACAAGAAAGAUACACGUAAAGGAAGGAGCUCAUCGGAUACAAGCAUUGAAGAUGAACUCAUUGAACUAAGUGAUGGAGAAGAAAAACCAACUUCAUUCACGUCGCUCCUAUCGACAAAAUCAAAUCGUUUCUUAACCCGUUCUAUCUCGACUCCAGCUACAAUGAUCAAUUCUGACUCGGUCCUAUUAUCGACACUUUGUCUCCUUGCAAACAUGACACCGCAGACCACCGAGUGUCGUCUAGUAGGCUUCCUUAUGGCUGUUAUCAUGGAUAUUAUGUGCAUACUCAUGCUAACAAGGGAGGUAAACAGUGUAUUGGAUGCGUCGUACACUUCUCAACGCUUUGAAACUGACGAUGCGCUCGAUGAAGAUGAAGAUAAUGACGAAUGGGAUUUUAUGGACGAUGACAUUGUGUUUAAACUCUUUGAGCAGCAAAAUGACUGGAAAAUCGAAGCAGGAAACCAUUGUAUUGAUAUUGUAUCAGUAGAAUACAUGAAUGACAAUUAUUGUGAUUGUAAUGAUGGAAGUGAUGAGCCGAAUACGUCGGCAUGUUCGUCCGUACUGCUGCCGAGCUUGGAAAAGUCCCCAUUUGGUAGAAAAUUUAAAUGUAAAGCUGAUGAUAAAUUGGUGUCAGUAGGAUUUAUAGACGACGGAGUGUGUGAUUGCUGCGAUGGUAGUGAUGAAGCUAGGGGACUGUGUGCUGACACUUGCGAGACGGAAUGGCAGAAGCGAUUGAAGACUCUUCAAGAGAGACUGGAGGUGGUGCAAUAUGGACAGAAAACACGCAACACGUAUGUGAUGGACGCUGUAGCUACAUUGGAUUAG